GGCGCUGACACGCCACUUAUUCGAGAUUGCGCGAAUAUUCGUCUCUCGUCUGGUCGUCGGCUCGCACUCGCUGUAAGCAUGAACGGCAUCGCUCUUGGUGUCUUCGUCGCGACUCUGAGCGCGGCGGCGGCACAGGUCCGAAACAUCUCGUUCAAGAAUUGCGGUGGAACCGUGAAGUCCGUCCUCAUAGAGCCCUGCUCGUCAGAACCGUGUGCGAUAAAGCGAGGGGAUACAGCAAGGAUCAACAUGGCAUUUACUUCAAAUCAACAUUCUCCUACCUUAAUGGUGGGCAUCAGCGCUGUUCUUGAAGAUGAUCUUGAGCUCCGUCUACCCACCACGGAUAAAGAUGGCUGCCGCAGAAGAGGUAUUCAGUGCCCCAUACAGCAGGGCUCCGAUUACACAUUCAACUAUGAUCUGGAAGUGAAGCCUAUUUACCCAAAGCUGAACACAACAGCCAAGCUCAAGCUUACCGGAACAAGGGGGACAGUUGCAUGCGUCUUGUUCCCUGUCAGACUGGUCUGAUUGAACAGAUGCAAAGGAACACUUCC